CAUACCCGCCUGCUUGGUUAAUCCCGCAACAUGUCGUCUGUUCGAACCCAUUCGAGGAACUAUUCCAUAUCUACCGUGAGUCCGUGUUUCUUACCCGUUGUCAAUCCUUGUUUGGGUGGCCUUCAACAAUCCCAUCUCUUUUUCCUGGCCGUGUGUUGCAAUCACUGCCCGUCGCUGCCGUCACCUUCAAUCUACUUGGUGCGGGUUGCCAGCCCCAACAGCCAGCGGAGCGGGACCCGGUUUUCGGCGAGAGUCAUGGAAAAGCAGAAAAAAAAACACAGCCAGCAGCUGAGGAAAACGCCGGCUUAGGGGCCAGGCACCUUCAUCUAUCCGCCAAAUUCGGGAGUGGCGUCAUCUACCGCCGGUGAAUAUCGCAAGAGGCACACGACCACCAGAAACAUCCACUAUCGAACAAUCGUGUCACUUGCUCCAUUCACAUCGCGGCAAUCGCUGAGCACAGCGAGCCUCUGCACCUUGCAUGCGAGACAGCAGAAUUCAAUCCACUGUCGAGCAUUCAAAUCCGCCUUGUCUUGAUGGGCGCGUCGUUUGUGGGCUCCUGGAUACAAGCGCAUUGCAACCUCACCGUUCCGUACACCCGUUUGUGCCAGCAUUGUCUGCUGGUCUCCAAGCUCCGGUCCACUGGCAAGCCCUUUGACCGCGAGCUGAGCUGCAGUGAUUGCUGCAACACACGUUAGCACCCAUCCCAACGCUGUCCGGCCGUCCAGACACAAAAGCGCGCGAAUAUCCUAGUACUAAAUGCGGGGAACGGUGGUCCAUAUUUGAAUCUCUCUUCGCUUCUCGAGAGCCGAGCCGAAUUCGCUGCAGCCCUGCUUGCUUGCUCUGCAGACUUGUUGCUCAACCCGCACCAGCAACAACAACAACACCACCGACCCACAUCCAGUUGCCUCGUCGUCGUUGCCAGCUUCAACACCCCUCAACACCAGCCCAAUUGCUCAAACACCAUCUCCAUCGGCCCACCGCUGCCCGCCUUGUUCUUGCUCUGCCGCCCCUCUUUUUUCUGGGUCCCUCCCUGCUACUUCCUUUGAGAACCCGCUCGGAAAUCCCUGGUCCUAGCUUCCGAUCCUAUUUCUCCCCUCCUGCCCUUUUGUAUACUUUUCUCCCCCAUCGCAUUCUGGCGCUCUCUUGAUUCCCGCGAGCUCAGGCUCACCUCUCUAUAUCAUGUCCGGGUCCAAUGGCGUCUACGCCCCAAACAUGCGAGCUGUGCCCACGGGCGACCUCGUGAGACCAAGCAGGAAAACUAACGGAGCCGGUGUCCAGGCUGAAGACACACGGAUAUGCGUCGUCAUGGUGGGACUGCCGGCGCGAGGCAAGAGUCUCAUUGCACAAAAAGUCGUGCGCUACCUGCACUGGCUAUCUAUCAAGGCCAAAACGUUCAACGUCGGCCAAUAUCGCCGUACAGCGACCCCCAACCCCUCCGCCGAGUUCUUCGAUACUUCGAACCCAGAGGGCGAGCGCCUGCGACGGGCUGCAGCCGAAGCAGCUGUUAAUGACAUGUGCAAAUGGUUCUCUGAGGGCAAGGGCCUGAUUGCCAUUCUCGACGCUACCAACUCCACAAAAUCACGCCGCCGUUGGAUACAAGAGCGAUGCAGCGAGGAAAACAUCGAGACGUUGUUUGUAGAGUCCAAGUGCGACGACGAAGAUCUGAUCAUGAGCAAUAUCUUGGAGGUCAAGACUACGUCACCAGACUAUGUUGGCCAGGAUCCCGAGGAGGCCGCUGCUGAUUUCCGCAACCGAAUCCGCAACUACGAAAAAGUCUACCAAACAAUCGACGAGGACGAGUGUGACCUUACCUAUGUCAAGCUGAUCGAUGUAGGCAAGCAGGUCAUCAUCAACAAGAUUCAGGACUAUCUCCAGAGUAGGGUGGUAUAUUAUCUGAUGAAUCUUCACAUCAAGCCCCGCUCUAUCUGGCUCUCUCGGCACGGAGAAUCAAUGUACAACCUGUCGGGAAAGAUUGGAGGAGACGCAGACAUCUCUGAGCGCGGUGAUGCCUAUGCGCAUGCAUUACCCGGCUUGGUCGCAAAGUCAGUUGGGGACGGUCGUAGGUUGACAGUCUGGACCUCUACACUCAAGCGUACGAUCCAGACCGCACGCUUUCUUCCUUUCGAGAAGCUCGAAUGGAAAGCUCUGGAUGAGCUUGACUCGGGCGUCUGCGACGGUCUUACGUACGCAGAAAUCGAGCAAAAGUAUCCCGAGGAUUUCGCUCAGCGCGACGAAGACAAAUACAACUACCGUUACUUGGGUGGAGAAUCCUACCGCGAUGUGGUUAUUCGACUAGAGCCCAUCAUCAUGGAGCUAGAGCGCAGCGAAAACAUUUUGAUCGUUACGCAUCAAGCGAUUCUACGUUGCAUCUAUGCAUACUUCAUGAAUGUCCCGCAAGAGCAGAGUCCCUGGAUGGAGGUUCCGCUCCACACUCUCAUCAAGUUGACGCCCAAAGCCUAUGCGACUCAGGAGGUGCGAUUGAAGGCCGACAUCCCAGCAGUCAGCACCUGGAGAGGCAAGGGCACCAAAGCUGAACAUCAAGAAGCCGACGGCACCAGUUCGACACCAACCGGAAGUGUAUGA